UUAUCGGAAUGGUGUGACAGACUACGCCAAGGUUUUACUGUUUUUUACUGCUGUACAAUUCCGGAAUAAUAACAGACGCUAUAUCAUACCAAAACAGCACAUUGGGCGUGGUAGUGGUAGAGUCAACAAUGCGGCAGCUAAUAUUCAUAGCCCUGGAGCUUUGAGUUCGAACCCUGGGUUUGCACGACCGGAAAAAAUCGUCACUUGUUUGUUUGCACCCUGGUUGUUCAUUUAUAAGAAGCAGGGCAGCAUGGGAGAGGCAACAUGUGAUUUAGAUAUACAGUCAGAUGAAUUAACAGAAUUUUCAUAUUCUGAAGAUGUGAAGCCAGAGCUAUCUACAUUAUUUUCAUCUUCUACUGACAUAAAAACAGAAGUAUCAACAUUUUUGACUUUCCAUGAUAUUAAACCAGACAUGACAUUUAUAACUUCACAUAAUUUUAAAACCGAUGUUACACCAGGGAUUUUAUCUAGUAGAGAAACAAAAACAGAAUAUACAUUUUCAUCUUUUGAUGAUGUAAAACACAAUAUGACAUUAAUAACUUCUCAAGAUGUAACAACAGGAUUUUUAGUUAAUAAAGAUAUGGAACCUGCUGUAUGUACAGGAUCGGAAGAUAUAAAAUCAACUUUAGCAACUUUAUCGACUAGCGAAUAUAUAAAAUCAGAAUUAGCAAUGUUACCAACUAGCGAAGAUAUAAAAUCAGAAUUAGCAACAUUAUCAACUAGCGAAGAUAUGAAAUCAGAAUUAGCAACAUUAUCAACUAGCGAAGAUAUAAAAUCAGAAUUAGCAACCUUAUCAAGAAGUGACGAUAUAAAACCAGAUUUAUGGACAAAAUUUAUAGAUUUUGAGGACAAACAACAAAAAGGACUAGAAGAAAAGCUAAAACUUCCUGAAGAUAAUACAUUUGUUUCUGUUGAUCAUCAUGAACAUUUUUUUCAAAGAUCUAACUUGAAUAAACAUAAACAAGCUCAAGUAGGGGAGAUGCCUCUUGAACUUGAAUGUGAUGAUUGUCAUAAAAGGUUUUCAAACAUUUCUAGUUUAAGUGAACAUAAGAAAGUCCAUUUAAUGGUUAAGCCUUAUGAAUGUGAUGAUUGUCAUAAAAGGUUUUCAAACAUUUCUAGUUUAAGUGAACAUAAGAAAGUCCAUUUAAUGGUUAAGCCUUAUGAAUGUGAUGAUUGUCAUAAAAGGUUUUCAAACAUUUCUAGUUUAAGUGAACAUAAGAAAGUCCAUUUAAUGGUUAAGCCUUAUGAAUGUGAUGAUUGUCAUAAAAGGUUUUCAAACAUUUCUAGUUUAAGUAAACAUAAGAAAGUCCAUUUAAUGGUUAAGCCAUAUGAAUGUGAUGUUUGUCAUAAAAAGUUUGCAUACAGUUCUAGUUUAAGUAAACAUAAGAAAGUCCAUUUAAUGGUUAAGCCUUAUGAAUGUGAUGUUUGUCAUAAAAAGUUUGCAUACAAUUCUUAUCUAAGCGAACACAAAAAAAUUCAUUUAAUGGUUAAGCCUUAUGAAUGUAAUGUUUGUCACAAAAAGUUUUCACGCAAUUCUUUUCUAAGCAUGCACAUAAAAGUUCAUUUAGGGGUUAAGCCUUAUGAAUGUGAUGUUUGUCAUAAAAAGUUUGCAUACAAUUCUUAUCUAAGCGAACACAAAAAUAUUCAUUUAAUGGUUAAGCCUUAUGAGUGUGAUGUUUGUCACAAAAAGUUUUCAAGCAUUUCUAGUUUAGGAAACCAUAAAAAAAUUCAUUUCAUGGUAAAGCCUUAUGAAUGUGAACUAUGUCAUAAAAAGUUUUCACACAGUUCUACUCUAAGAAUACACAUAAAAAUUCAUUUAGGGGUUAAGCCUUAUGAAUGUGAUGUUUGUCAUAAAAGGUUUUUAAACUCUACUGAUUUUAAUGGACACAAAAGAAUUCAUUCAGCAGAUAAUCCAUAUGAAUGUGAUGUUUGUCAUAAAAAGUUUUCAGGCCGUUCUGCCCUAAGCAGGCACAAAAAAACUCAUUUAGUUGUUAAGCCCUAUGAGUGUGAUGUUUGUCAUAAAAUGUUUUCAGACUGUUCUAAUUUUAUUAGACACAAAAGAAUUCAUUCAGCAGAUAAUCCAUAUGAAUGUGAUCUAUGUCAUAAAAAGUUUUCAAUUAGUUCUUGUUUAAAGAACCAUAAAAAAGUUCAUUUUGUAGAUUAGUCACAUGAUUGUGAAUGGUUGUCAUAAAAGAUUUUUAAACAGUUUCUAAUUGUCAUAGACACAAAAGAAUUCAUUCAGCAGGUAAUUCAUAUGAAUGUGAAAGUUUUCAUACAGUUCUACUCUAAUCAAACACAAAAAAAAAUCAUUUAGUGGUUAAGCCUCAUGAAUAUGAUUUUUGUCAGAAAGGAUUUUCAAUUAGUUCUAGUUUAAUUAGGCACAAACAAAAAUAAUAUAAUAUAAAUAUGAUGUUAGUUAUGAAAACUUUACCCACAGUAGUGUAUGAUAAUAUUUUUUAAAUUGUUGAAGCACCAAUAGAAUAGACAUUCUAAUCGUCAAUUCAUUCAUUAUUUGUAUAUAUUAAUUUUAGGAUAGCAUGUAUUAAUUCUACUUGUAGGACACUUGUAUAUAUUUUCGUAUUUUAUAUGCAAAUACAGCUAAAUUGAUGUUUAUUGCAUACAUUUAAAUGAAUAUAAAAGAUAAUAGCAGACUAUUAUUAAUAAGUUAUAAUAGUAAAAUAAUCUAAUUUAGACCAUCCUUGUGGCUGAACAUCUAUAGUUGAUCUUUUCAUUGGUCUCAGUCUGAGAAGUGUAAGUUGGGUCAUUCCCUAAAACAACUAUCAGUUUCUAAUGCUUGACACUAUUCCACUUUCUUUUCUAUUUGUAAACAGUAACACCACACACAAGUUAUCAAUUAAAAGGCAAUAAACAUAAAGCUGUAAUGGUUAUGUUCUGAUAUUUUGGUAUCCUAUUUCUAGCAUGAUUUAUGUAUUGUUGUGUUUACUUUUUUUUAACACAUAAAUGAAAAUCUUGCUGUAGUCAAAAGCU